AUUGCGCGAUAUGGCAAUGCUGCCGCAGCCAAAAAGACAAUUGCAGAAAGUUUUUUUCACAACAAAAAGCCACCGAAAACCCUCGAAUUAAACAACAAAUGCGUGCCAAAAGCGCAGCGAAUCUCCACUGAGCCACCGUUUUGCGUGUGUGUGUGUGUGAGGGCGUGGCAAAAGUGGGCGCACAACAACAAAUCACGCAGGGGAGCUGAGAGAGAGCAGAGCACCCAGGCAGCGCAGUUGCAGCGCAGCAGGGGCGAGCAGAGGCUGCGGCAGAGGGAAAAGUCGGGCAUUUUCAGCUGCAAUUCGUCGGAUUGUUUUUCCAGCCAGCCAGGUUGGUUUCCCUCUAUUAUGGACAAGAAAUCCUCGCCGGUGCGACGACAAAAGCGGCAAGCGAAGGUGAUCGAGGAGAACUUUUGGGACUGCAGCGUCUGCACAUACAGAAACUCGGCGGAGGCCUUCAAGUGUCGCAUGUGCGACGUGCGGAAAGGAACCUCCACUCGCAAACCGCGCCUGAACUCAGCGCUAGUCGCCCAGCAGGCCGCCACUUUGCCGGGCGCCAGCGCCAACAUGCCCAACGGGAAGUCUGCCUCCGGAUCGCGGCAUGGCAGCGGGCACGACCGGCAGCGGCACAAACGGUACCCGGCCCGGUUGAAGAACGUGGACCGGUCGACGGCGCAGACGCGCGAGGUGACGGUCAACUCGGUGACCGUGUUCAUCACAGAGUACAAGGCCAAGCCGGUGAGCAGCCGGCGCGAGUCCAGCGAGCAGAGCUUCAGCGAGAGCAACGACAGCCGGAGUUAGAGGGGCAGUGGACUCCAGGCAACCACGUCCCUACGUCCCUAUGUCCCCAGCUGCCCGCUCCCCGAUAUUGUACGCCACGGUUCCCGGUCCCCUGUUACAAGUUGUAAAUUCUAAGUGUUAGGCCCCUGGCGAUAACAAUUGUAAAUCGAAAUCCGUUUAAGUUACCAAGUAUUAGGCCACGUUUAAAGCCCCAAAAAGCCACGCCCCACAAGUUCAUGACUUCCAGCCCAGGCCAAGAAGGCGAAGCAAAGCGAAGCGACGGCGAGUCGAUUGCAUUUACACGACGCUCUCCAAAUCCAACCUUAAAAUGCGCUAAACCCUGUACAUAGCGAUGCAUGAGUUCCCUGAAUAUCUCUGUCUCGUAUCGUAAUUUUAGUUGUAAUUUAAUUCUGCUACUCUAAUUCCUAAUUUAUUGAUGAAAAGGCAACUAUGUAUAACCGCCGUGUACAUGUUCAACAAAGAUAUCAUUUGUUUCGUAAGUGUCGAAUUAAAAUAUGGUUUAACUAAGUGCAAGCUAAUCUCAAUGUUCCACUAGCAGCGCCCAUCUCCAAUGGUUUGUGUAACUAUUAUAAACUAUACCUUUUUUUUUAACCUAGACAAUGCUGCUUGACAACGAAGAGUAGGAAGGAGAUUGCCACAAAGCUUGGUUGUAGACAAUUUGCUAAUUUUAAUUUGUUUGUAUACAAGACUGAUUAAGCGUUACCAACCAGAUAUAUAGACGCCCACUCACGCACCCAGCCCGAGUCCGAUUUUUAUUUGAUUUUCACCCAGGAGUUCCUCCCAGCAAACAAUAGACGAAUACUCCAACUCGCAAAAAAGAGAAUUUUGUACUUAGCAGAGCUUAAACGCUCUUCCACCAUAGCAAUAAUUACUUAGCGAACAAACAAACAAAAAUUUUGAUAUGAACGAUUGUAUUUAAUAUUGGAUAACGGAUAUAAUGGUUUAUAAAGUGCUUGAUAUUUGUAUUUUGAGAUAGGUUAUUUAGCCACACAAAAACACUCUCACACACUCCUCAAAACUGCCGACUGUAGUCAAUGAAUAACUUCCAAUAGACAAAACUUCAACUUGGAUUACCGUACACAUUUACAAUUAAUAUGAACAGUUUGUAUUCCAAAUGCUUGGCCAGUUGAGCAUUAAUCAACAGCAGCAACAAAGACAAAAAAUUAAACAAAAGCAAUUAUAGAAGCCGCACUCACACAACCACACGGAUAGUUAAAACUUGAAUUCCAAUUGUAAAGCAUCAACUUUUAAAGCAUUAUAAAAUACAUUAAAUAAAUUUCGAAAAUGCUAAUCCAAA